AUGGAGAAAAAAAACAAAAAAGAAUCACGAGAUAUUGAUGAGGAGAAAUGGGUAUAUGAUUCUUCUGUUGAUUAUAAAGGAAGAGUUCCUCGCCGAGCUUCCACGGGUACAUGGAAAGCAUCCCUUUUUAUAAUAUUUAUUGAGUUUGCUGAGAGACUGAGCUAUUUUGGACUAGCAACAAGUUUAAUCAUAUACCUCACUAAGGUGAUCCAUCUAGACAUCAAAACAGCGGCCAAAAAUGUCAACUACUGGGUCGGUGUAACCACGUUGAUGCCGUUGCUUGGAGGGUUCUUAGCUGAUGCUUACCUUGGCCGAUUCUCUACAGUUUUCUUCUCAUCCAUUGUUUAUAUCCUGGGUUUACUUUUCUUGACAAUGUCACAAAUUGUCCCGAGCUUGAGACCUUGUCACACCGGUUCCUGCCAUAAACAUUUAAAGGUCCAUGAAUUGUUCUUCUUUCUCUCCAUCUACCUGAUCUCCAUAGGAACUGGAGGGCACAAGCCCUCUCUGGAGAGCUUUGGAGCCGAUCAAUUUGACGAUGAUGAUGCUAAAGAAAGGAGGUUGAAAAUGUCCUUUUUCAAUUGGUGGAAUUUUGGGCUUUGUUCUGGACUACUAUUUGGUGUGACAGUUAUUGUGUACGUGCAAGAACAUGUUAGCUGGGCUGCAGCAGAUAUUGCUCUUACAGCGGUGAUGAUUUCUAGUCUAGUGAUAUUCUGUAUCGGACGACCCUUUUAUCGUUAUAGAAAGGCGCCAGGAAGUCCCCUAACACCAAUGGUACAAGUGCUUGCAGCAGCAGUUGCCAAGAGAAAUCUUCCAUAUCCUGAUACACCUGAUCAGUUGUACGAGGUUUCAAGAUCAGACAAGAUUCAGGGGAGGCUUCUUUACCACACUGAGAAGCUCAGGUUUCUAGACAAAGCAGCAAUUCUUGAAGACAAUGAAAUUUCAGCUGAAAAGAAACAAAAUCCAUGGAGACUUGCUACUGUAACCAAGGUGGAGGAGAUGAAGCUUAUAAUCAACAUGCUUCCCAUUUGGCUAACUAGUUUACCAUUUGGAAUUUGUGUAGCACAGGCUUCAACAUUCUUUGUCAAACAAGGAACGACACUUGAUCGAAAAAUCAUUCACGACUUUAUAAUCCCACCUGCCUCGAUCUAUGCCUUAACAGCCAUUGGUAUGAUAAUAGCCGUUAUCAUUUACGAAAAACUCUUGGUACCUUUCUUAAGAUGGUCAACUGGGAAUGAGAGAGGUAUCGAAAUCCUCCAAAGAAUUGGUAUCGGUAUGGUUUUCUCCGUUAUAACUAUGGUAGUAGCAGCCUUGGUCGAGAGAAAAAGACUAAGACUAGUAGAAAUGAAUCCAGUAAAUGGUUCAAUUUCAAUGAGUGUAUUUUGGUUAGCACCACAAUUUCUAAUAAGUGGGAUUGGUGACGGAUUUACUCUAGUUGGAAUGCAAGAGUACUUCUAUGAUCAAGUGCCCGACUCCAUGAGAAGUUUAGGCAUCGCAUUUUAUUUAAGUGUAACUGGUGCUGCGAAUUUUCUUAGCAGCCUUCUGAUAACAAUUGUGGAUGUUCUGUCGGAGAAGGGAGGAAAGAGUUGGUUCGGGAAGGAUUUGAAUGAAAGCCGGCUUGACUAUUUCUACUGGAUUAUAGCAGCUAUCACCGCGGUUAAUUUGUGUGCUUAUGUGUUUGUUGCAAGACAAUAUUCUUACAAGAAUGUGCAGAGGACAGUGGCUGUUGCUGAUUGUCGUAAUGGUAAUCUUGUAGUCUCAAACAUGGCUUAA